AAAAGUUCUUAAAUUUUUUGUUAAAAACACAGCAGCCAAUCAAAUGUCAUCCAAUCAAGUAAUUGAAAAAGUUAAACCGUACUCUGUUGUUGAUUUGGCAACAAACUACAUUCUAAGUGAUGAAGAAGUUAAAAGUUGCCUGAAAACAGCAACAAAUAAACAGCUCUGUAAAGAAGAAUAUUAUGAACAAUCUUAUGCAAAGUACAAUGGUGAUGCUCCAAAUUUUAUCAGUUUACCUCCUAAGUUAACGACGAGUAAAAGUACCAACAAUUUCUUUGCGUCUGGUGUUGAGAUUUUUUCAGCUUACAAUCAUCCUAAUGUAAGUUGUUCUACCGCUCCUCCGUUUAUUGAAAAUGGAAUUUCACCUUUCGUUCGUGGAUUACCUUUAAAAGAAACAAAACUCAGACCAACAUCUUCACAUUCAUCUCCGGAUAUUAAACAUCAGUUGAAUCAACAAAAUAUGCAAGUUCCAAGAAAUUACAUCGGUGGUUUGCGACCACCAAUGCAACUACGAUCUCCAAGUGCACCAACGAUUCGAUUAAAACAGCCAGACCAAUCUCUAGGAAAGAACAAAGCAACACUCCCACGCAUGUAUCCUCAUAGUUCAUAUUCAACUACUGAUAGCUUUCACUCAGGGUUAGCUGUUAACAUGGAAUUUUUAAACAAACCUGACCAGAGUAAAGAGGUUUCUAAACUUAAUUCAGAUAAAUGUGAAAAAUUGCAAAAAAAUCAAGUGUUAUUAGAUUUAAAACAAGAAAAGAGUACACGCAAAGGUUUAACGCUUCAAACUGUUGAAUCUAAUACUUUACAAUCAAAUUUAGACAUAGAAGCAGGUAAACAAACAAGAUUGGACAUGGAAAUAGGUAAACGUUCGAAAUCAGAUAUGGAAAGAGAUAAAGAACAUGAAUUUCAUGCUGAAAAAAAUAAACAUUUGGAUAAACCGAAAAUUUCAAAAAUUCCAUCAACUUUUUCAACUCCACGAUCUAUGUCUUCACUGUCAAUUGAUAGUGACAACAUAGAAAAAAUUCCGACAACAUUUUCAACUCUUCGAUCCAUGUCAUCUCUUUCUGCAAGCGACAACACAGAAAAUCAUAAAUGUACCGAACUAGAGAAAAGAAACUUGUCUUUAGAAUCCAUUGAAAGACCAAAAAUUGAUACUAGUUCAUUAGACAAAACACACAUUCCUAACAAAACAAUGGCUAUAUCUCAAUUUGCAUCUGUAUCAAAACUUCGUAAAGCGUCAAAUCCGAAUAACCCAAAUGUUUUCUCUAAACUCAAUACUGUAUCAAGUAGUAAUAUAAUAACAAAUUCUGCUCCAGGUACUGUUGUAUCACAUUCUUUGGCAGGUACUGUUGUAUCACAUUCUUUGGCAAGUAGUAAAAUUAUUAAUACUAUACCUAAUUCUGUACCAAGUAGUAAAACCACUCAUAUAUUGUCAAAUUCAGUAUCUUGUAGUAAAAAUAAUGUAAUACCAUGUUUCAUAACAAGUAAUAAAGAUGUUAUAACGAAUUGUGUACCAAAUAUUAAAAAUAAUAAUAUAAUACCAAACUCUGUAUUAAGUAAUAAAAACACUAAUAUAAUUUUUGUACCAAAUGGUAAAGAUGUAAAACCAAGUUCUUUUCCGAAUAAUAAAAAUACUGUUAUACCAAAUUAUGUAUCAAAUAGCAAAAGUACUAAUGUAAUACCAAAUUCUUUACAGAGCAGCAAAAAUACUAAUGUAUCAAGUAGUAAUGAUUUUAAACCAAUCUCUAUACCAAGUAUUAAAGAUACUAAUGUAAUACCAAAUUUUGUAAGUAGUGAAAUAAUGCAAAAUACAUCAAGUUUGGAUGGAAGCACUGAUUUAACUUUAACCAUGAGAAAUAAAGUUGUUGAUACAAGUACUGGAUCAAAGUCUAAUUUGUCUAUGAAAAAUUCUAAUUUAAAAAUGGUAAAUUCAAUGAAAGAAGACUUUAAGACAUCAAGUUUAUCCGCUUUACCUAGCAAUAAUGUUAUGAAAACUUCAAGCAAUAUAUUAUACAAGUAUAGCGCAGUUAAACAAAAUGUUUCAUCUGAAAACGAGUCAUCUGAAACAACUGGAAUAUUUUCUAAAUGCUCAGAGGUUUUACAGUCAAAUAAAAAUGGUAUUCCAUCUUUAAAAAAUCUAUCUAUUGCAGAGAAUGAACAAAAUGAUAUAAAACCUUUACUAAAUGGAUUAACAGGACCUAAUCUUAUAAAUAAAGAAACAUUAAAGCGAAUUUCUUAUAAAAAAAAUAAACGCAGUCAAUCUGAUGUAAACAACCAAUAUCAUCAUAAAAAAAGUUUCGAGGAGCAAGAUGAACAAGAACAGAAGACUUUACAAAAUCCUACAAUUGGAAAAAUACCAUCUGCGCUGGCUAGGAGUUUUAGUCCAUUAUCUUUUAACAUGGUUGCUUUAAAAAGUACCGAAGAAAAAAUUACCGAAGAAAAAAGUACUGAUGAUAAAAAUUUUACUAAUCAAAAAAAUGAUGUUCAAAAAAAUAUGUUUGAAGAAAGUGAUAUUGAAGAAGAUAAUUGUUCUUAUAAAGAUUUUGAAAUAGAAGAUAUUCACAUGAUAGAGGAAUGUAAUGAAUACAUAAAUGACUCAAAAAUAGUAGAAAACUAUGAAGACCUUACAAGUUUUAUGAAGGAGUAUGGUAUAAGUAUUGAUAAAAAAGAAUGUGAUAUUGAUGUGGACAAAAAAGAUGAGUAUAAUCUUCAGAUGAUGGAUGAUCCUUUUUCAUUUUUGGAAGACACCAAUCAAAUGAAGCAGAUUCCUUGUACUUCAGUGACCCCUGUCAAUAAAAGAAGAACCUGUAGUAGUCCAAAUUCAAUAAAUUGUAAUAUUUCUUCUACAUUGCUUUUAUCUAAAGAGGGGCAUGCAUCAUUGAAAGAGGGGCAUGCGUCAUUGAAAGAAAACAAGGAAGCAAGUACUUUAGAAAAAAAGAAAUCUUACCGAGAUAAUGAUAUUCUGUAUCGAGGUGAUGUUUUAAACAAAAAACACGAAGAUCGAUUCGAAAAAACUAAAUCAGAAAGUUUUGGUAAAGUUUUCAGUAAAGAUAACGAUCCGUUUGACAACUUAGAAUCCAACGCUCGUUUCUCACAAACUAAUGAUACUGUAUACCAGUUGCAUACGAUGACCUUAGAUCGAGACAAGAAAAAACAAUCCAAAUUGAAAAAAUUCUUUCGAAAACUUGCCUCCAAAAAAGAUGACAAUAAAGUUGAGUUCGAAUAUUGUGGUAUUCGUGAACCAUCAACGCCAACUCAUGGUAUAAAUUCAUUUGUGUCAGAUAAAAAUAUAAUUUACAGACCUAGUGACAACAUUUUUAUGUCACACAGUUUACAAGACUUACACAGUGUUAAUAACAAUAAAGUAUUACGACAAAACUCUUUUUAUUUCACGCCAACGUCUAAAAGACGCGUAUUUAGUUUCAGUUUUAUGAAAAAAGGCAGAAAUCGAAGUACAACAAGCUGUCACGUCAUAACGGACACUCAAACAGACUUGUUACCGCCAUCUGAUAUUGUGCAAACCUGCAGCCCCGUGAUGGGUCAACGAAGUUAUCCUAUAAAAAUAGCAAGGCGUGUUUCUGACCCUUAUGUUUAUAGAAUAUCUCCAGUAACUCAUAAAUUAAAUCCAGUUUUUAAUUUUAAAAAAGAUAAAAAUUCAUCAUGCUCUAGCGCAAGUAGUAAUGACAACGACGGAAACGACUAUAUAAACUAUCCUUUCUCAAAAAACAACAUGCAACCUCCAAGAAAACCGAUACGAUCUAACGACACAGGUGUUGCCAAUGAUUCUAUUUCAACACAUGCAACUGUUCGACCAUCUGACUCGUGUUUAUCAAAUCAUAUUGACCAAAAGUUCAAAAUAGUUUCUGACCACGAAGAAUCUAACAGUUCUAUUACAACCAGUAAUUGCGAUUAUAUUCUUCGUUGUAAUUCUUCUGAUUCGUCGCUAUUUGGCGAAAGUAUGUCGACAAGAAGUUCCAACUCGAACUCUGAUACAGAUUUUCCUGUCAAGAAAAAAGAAAUUUUCAAAGAGAAUAUUAGUUCCAACUCUUUACGACGGACUCCUUUAAGACACGCGGAUGACAGCUAUAGUAAAAUUGUGGAAGUUCAUAAGCAAGCUGUGGAGAAAAUUGCUCGUCAGGUUUCUACGCUACAUUGCAGCUGCAAUUCUCUACACGAACUUGGGUGGGAUGAUUUUGAACGCAAAGAAGAUCACAUACAGUUGGGUUUGUCUAAUUACAUUGUUAUUCCUGUGAAACGAGGAGAUAAUAAACUAUAUAGUGCUUGGAUGAAUCAUUCAUCAAUACCCGAUAUAAAUGUGGAUUAUAUAAAAUCAACGUUACAUCCAAAUUGCUUACAUGUAUGCCAUAAAAUAGUUCAAAAACAGGUAACUCCGCAAGACGGUAUACCAAAAACAAUUCAAAUUAAUUCUGUUUACAUCUCACCAAUGAUACCCAAAAUGACUCUGUCAAAAUAUGUGUCGCUUACUCUUGAAAAACAUACCUUGAUUCCAGAAGCGUAUGAGCGUGAAUCAGCAAUGAUUCUUUUACAAGCAGUUAAAGGUCUUCAACACCUCUACAAGAACAAUUUGCAGAUAUCAUCUAUUAAUUGCGAAAAUAUAUUUAUUCUUGAUACGGGAGAACAUUCUGUAGUGCUCUCACCGAGAAAGAAACCUAACAGAUGUCCUUCAAUUAUAGUCGGGGAAUUACCUGGAAUGAACUGUUUGCUCCCAGAAAAAAAAAGCAUGAUAACAACCGUAUGUCACGAGCUUGCAUUUGUUCUUUAUGAAUUACUUCACUGUCCGUAUCAUGACGAGUUACGAGAUGCACACGAUAUACCGAUGCUUCAAGCAACGUUGCCCACACUUACAAUAAAAAGUAUUUAUACUCGUUAUUUACAGAUUGUUAUAAACUUUCUAGUUGGAUCUUAUAUGCAUACAAUUAAAACAUUAAGAGACAUUCGACUUAUGCUUGAAGUUUUGCUGUUUGGACCUACGGAAAUUGAUAAAAGUGCAAGUCUUGAUCUCAUAACUAAAUGGCAAAAUAGACGUUGUGUUGACAUUGUUACACAUCUUUUACAAGCAACCCCAAUAAUAAUGCUCACUGGCACGUCUGGAAAAUGUACUCCAAUUGAUCAAGAAAUAAUAUUGGAAUCGGAGUUUUUAUCAGAGAUUAGCCCUGAGGAAAUUCAAAGUAUAUCCUUUAUGUUAAACAGAUAGAUUAUUUGAUUCGUUUUACGAAUUAA